GUGGCUUGGUCGCAGGCCACUAUUACAGUAGUCAUGUCGUGUUGUAAACUGUCGUUAGUGAGGUGGGGUCUGUCUCGGCUGUGGCCGGGGAAACUCUGGAGUUUCGUAUGGCAGAGGAAGACAAUUUGUGUGUAUGUCGUUGGUGCACAUAGGAUUUUAUUUGAUCAGAAAGCAGAUACGUAACCCAUCUAAAGCGAUACCAGGAAAUCAGAAAAAGACAGGGAAAGACAGACGCCCGAAUCAGCAGAUAUGUGGCCCAUUUAAAGAGAUAAGAAAUGUAUCAGGGAACCAGAAAAAGACAGGAGAGGGUAGACGCCCGAUUCAGGGGAUACCAAACCUCGGUAACACCUGCUACAUGAAUGCAGUUAUCCAGGUCCUCUGCAGGACACCAAACUUUCGAGAACAACUACAAAAAGCUAUUGAACAAACAAGGGAUCGAAUAAGUCAACAAACCAGCAGAGAAACCUGGUCUUUUACACUACAAUACUGGAAACAGCGUUUACUGAGCACUAUAAUACCGAGUCGAUUCCAGACCCGGUUCCUUGUGCCGCCACCACCACAGUUAGACCGGCCCCUGCUUGACCUCGUGGACGCCGUUAAGUCCGAGUCACAUGUGUCAUCAGCGUUACCGCAAGCUGUCCUUAACGUCAUUUGUCAAAUCGAUGACGAAUUUAAAGGAUACGGACAGCAGGACAGUUAUCAGUUGUUCAAUACCAUGAUUGAAGGACUGGAGAAUUUAUGUGAGGUGAAGCGUACAGACAAUACCGGUGGGCCAGUUUCAGACCUAGAGCUAUUGAUGAAUAAUUCUCCGAUUUCCCGUUUGUUUGGAGGAGUUUUCUGUACAAUAUAUACCUACAGUACUUGUGAUCAUAUUGAGCCAGUGUUUCAAAGAUUCACCAGUAUUUCAGUUCAUAUCCCACCACAAUCAAGGAAGGGUUCAACCAGAAACAAGAUGGAGGGAACUGAAACCCAAACUAAAGGAAUAAUACAAGAGGAGACUGAUGACAAAAUCGAUAGGUCACAACAGCACGAGAAGGCUAGGCUCCAAACUAAUGGGUCGUCAGAGCAACAGGAGGAUGAGAGCCAAGCAAAUGGGUCACCAGAGCAACAGGAGGACGAGGACCAAUCAAAUGGAUCAUCAGAGCAACAGACGGUUGAGUUCAAAACUAGUGAGUCACUAGAGGAACAGAAAGUUGGGUUCAAAACUAAUGGGCCUCUAGAGCAACAUGAGGAUGAGAGCCAAACCAAUGGGUCAUCAGAACAACAGAAGGCUGGGUUCAACAUUAAUGGGUCACCAAAGCAAGAGGAGGAUGAGCACCAAACAAAUAGGUCACCACAGCAACAGGAGGAUGAGCACCAAACAAAUAGGUCACCAAAGCAACAGGAGGAUGAGCACCAAACAAAUAGGUCACCAAAGCAACAGGAGGAUGAGCACCAAACAAAUAGGUCACCAAAGCAACAGGAGGAUGAGCACCAAACAAAUAGGUCACCAAAGCAACAGGAGGAUGAGCACCAAACAAAUAGGUCACCAAAGCAACAGGAGGAUGAGCACCAAACAAAUGGGUCACCAGAGCACCAGGCGGAUGAGCACCAAACAAAUAGGUCACCACAGCAACAGGAGGAUGAGCACCAAACAAAUAGGUCACCACAGCAACAGGAGGAUGAGCACCAAGCAAAUAGGUCACCAAAGCAACAGGAGGAUGAGCACCAAUCAAAUAGGUCACCAAAGCAACAGGAGGAUGAGCACCAAGCAAAUAGGUCACCAAAGCAACAGGAGGAUGAGCACCAAACAAAUGGGUCACCAGAGCACCAGGCGGAUGAGCACCAAACAAAUAGGUCACCACAGCAACAGGAGGAUGAGCACCAAACAAAUAGGUCACCACAGCAACAGGAGGAUGAGCCCCAAGCAAAUAGGUCACCACAGCAACAGGAGGAUGAGCACCAAACAAAUAGGUCACCACAGCAACAGGCGGAUGAGCACCAAUCAAAUAGGUCACCACAGCAACAGGAGGAUGAGCACCAAGCAAAUGGGUCACCAGAGCACCAGGCGGAUGAGCACCAAUCAAAUAGGUCACCACAGCAACAGGAGGAUGAGCACCAAGCAAAUGGGUCACCACAGCAACAGGCGGAUGAGGGUCAAUGUAAUGGGGCAACAAACAAACAGGAGGGUGAGGAUCAAACUAAAGGGCCAGAACAGCAAAGGGAAGAUGAUGCAAAAACUAAUGGGCCAACACAGCAACUAGAGACUGAAGGCCACAAUAAUGGGUCACCACACCAACAUGAGGUUGAAGUGCAAUUAAAUGCGUCAUCACUGGAAAAAGAGACAGAUAUCAAGCCUAGAAGGUCACCACAACAACAGAAAGCCGACGUCCAAGCUGUCUGGCAACCACUUAAACAGAAGGCUCGGGACCAAUCUAAUUAUUCAGCUGCUUCUGAAACCCCCCGUUGUUACCGCUGUUUGAAAAAUGAACAGACUGAUCGGACAGACUUAGAGGAAGGCCUUAAGAUGUGGACAGACAUUGACUGUUUUCAAGACUUGCCAUGCAGAACAUGUGAAAAGAGUUGCGUUAAAGGAGCUAACGACCAGACCACUAUCACCAGAAGCCGGAUACUGUUGAUGUCUCUACCUCCGGUGUUGGUGUUGCAGUUCAACAGAUUUACAAUGAGCUUGGACGGUAGUCUUGAAAAAAUGGACGGAAAAUUGACCUACCCUGAAUAUCUUGACGCCGCACCAUACUGUUCAGCUGCUGUUUCGUUUUUGAAUCGGAAGAAUGGUUCUGACACAGACGAGUACCAGUACCGCCUGUAUGGUGUGGUUAGUCACAUGGGAUCAAUACGCGGAGGUCACUACACAGCUCAUGUCCGAACGACUGAACACCAAGGGGAGAAGGAAUGGAGGGACCCACAGAGAUACAUAGACGAAAUAAUAAGUUUCUUGAAAGAAAUGGCUGACGUCAAAACUAUUCAGGCAGAAAGGAAAGACACAUGGUACACCAUAAGUGAUGACAGGGUCGAGAAAGAUCAAUAUAAUACUGCACUUUGUGACCCGAACGCUUACCUCUUGUUUUAUGAACGAGUCUGAACAUCUCUAAACGCUAAAUGGCCUUUAUGCUGUCUUAACCUCAGAGACAUUGUUGAUGUUGUUGGAAUUUAAUUUUGCAUCGAGAAAUACGUUUAUUUGAGUUUUAAUGCCUUUUAGAUAAAAACAAAACUAUUUGGAGUUAUUGCUAAAUUAUAUCCAGAAAGAUAUAUGUUUUGAAAAUGUUCCCUGUGCUUAUCUUUGUAUUUUAAUGUAAUUCGUGGUUAAAUUAAAAGUACAGUACUUUUUAUAACGUGACUUUAUCACGCAGUGCUAUUCACAUGCACUCGUUUACAAAUAUAAUGAUAAUUGUGAUUUUAAUAGAAUAAAACAAAAUGUUUUGAUUA